CCCCUCCCAGGUGCAUUCAGGCUCUGCCCCAAGAGAGAGCGCAGCACAGACGCCUAGCUCCAGCUGGCCUCUGACCCAUCACGAGAGGAGAGUUGCUUUGGCUGUGUAUCUGCCACCAUGGCAGUGAAGAUCUCCCUGUGGCAUCAUUGCCUCCAAGCUAUCCAGUCCCGGGAGACCCCCAAGAUCCAGGACUACCAGAGGGCUGAGAAUGUCCUACUGACCAUACUGGAGAGGGUCCAGGAGCUGGACUCCAGGUUUCGGGUGGAUUACUCCAGGGACCUGGAAGCCUUCCAAUUUGCCCUUCGUACCUCUGAGGAUGACCUGACUAUGGAAGUGCCCCUAUGGGUGGAUUCUGACAGCCUUUUGGCCCAAGAGACAAUAGAUGGUCAGCUUGAGGGAAGAAGGAUCCAGGAAAACCUUCCCAGCCCAGCUUCCUACACUCUGGGGGUUCCUCAGGAUGCAGCUGGCUUAGAGAGGUGGAUGACUGAGGAUGUCUUCAGUCCAUCUGAGAACACUGAAUGCCAAGGAUACAUCCUGCCCAGCAAAGUCCUCAGGCGGUUGAAGGACCUUCUUGUGGCCGCCAUUGUCCACUGCAAGCACCACUGUCUCAUCAUGCCAGGUUCCCUGAAUGCAGGGAAUUUAAAGGAAGAAGAUCUCCACAUGUCCUUGCUUGUGUCCAGUGGUUGGAGAAUGAUCCGGUUCAACAUCAUUCCUGUGGUGAAGAAGAACCACAAAAUUCUUCCUCUUCAAAGGAAGCACCUGGCCCAAGUAUUCCCAGAUGGCAGCUUGGAGAAAGUUCAACGCCAAGGAGCCGAUCUUAUACCCUCAAGUUCCCAUCAUUGGCGGAUCUCCACGGACAACCUCGUUACCAAACUCCUUGGCAUCGUGGGUUCCCUCCAAGGCUACCGUCUGGACAGCCUCUCUAUCUUAGAUAGGGUCAACAAUGAGAGCUGGCGUGAGGGGGGCAAGAAGGCUGGCCUCACGUUUGACCACCUGAAGAUGGUGCUGCUGUGGGCUACCGAACUUUUCCCUUCCCCCGAAGACUGGAGCGACCUGGAGGGCUCCGUGUACAGACUGCUGGUGAUCCUGCUCUGCUGCCUGGCCACCAAAGAGCUUCCUCACUUCCUCUUCCCCCAGCACAAUCUCCUCCAAGGCCAAGGUCUCGACCUGAAUGCUCUGUACCAACAAGUUGAAAAGUUUGCCAGCCAGCCGGAGCAGUUCCUUAAGAUCCAUGUGACCCACCUGUUCCCCAGCCCGCCGAGGAUAGACAACGGCAUCAAGGCAUUCCUGCAGCUGCCCGCCAACAACCCAACCUACUGGGAUACUGCCUAUUUCGAUGUCCUCCUGGACAAGUUCCAGGUCUACAAUAUUCAAGAUAAAGAUCGAAUUUCAGCAAUGCAAAAUAUCUUCUUGAAGACCAAGAAACUGGAGAAUUCUGCAAGCUGAGCUUGCAUUGCUCUUUUAUCCCUGAGAGAUUCUAGGCUUUUUGAGAUCUUCUCAUGAGGUCAUCGGGCCUUUAUGGCGACCUUCCCCUCUGGGUGCUCUCUCUUCCUCCUCCUCGCCCUCAGACAAUGCCUCAGAGCACCGUGGGACAAGAUGGGAAGGGAAUGGCAUCAGUUUUCUGGGAGAUCUUGGCAUUCUACUUGUUCUCCCAGAAUGCAAGAGAUGAUGGGCUCUGUAUGAAGUACAGACGUGGUGAAUAUCUCAAUAUUGGGAUCUCCCGUGGUCACAGAAGCCCACCAGAAACGGUGCUUUCCUCACCACACUCUGUUACACUGAAGCAGUCUUCGGUUUCUAGGGUUAGUGUUCAGACUUGCUGCUUUUAUUUUUCCUCAUAAAGAUUUGGGGUCAGCCCCCACAGCCACGCAAAUGUACAUUGACGAUGGCUAUAUGAGCAUGCAGUGGAGUUCUCAGGUGACUUUUUAGCAAUGAAAUGUGAUGUCUUGGAUCUCAAAUAAAUAAGUGCCAGUGUACAGAAUCUG